UUGCAAAAGCCACCAGACGAUGACAGUGCGUGUCAGAGGAGGUGGGAUUGCCUCUCCUCCUCCUUAUCUUCCUACUCUUCCUAGGGAUGUGUCGGCGUGCGGUGCACCUGUUUUGUGUAUUAUAUGGGUCAUCAACCGCUAAGAUGCUGUGCUUUGACCGGUGCCAUCAAUAGCCACACGAAACGGUUCAAACGACCUCUCCGGUGGUUCCCGACAGGCCUCGAUUCACUGUGACUUCACGUUUGGUAGACUGUGUGUUGAUUUGUAUCUCUUUCUUUCGGGGUGCAGCAGUGAGACAGCAUCUUUUGCCGGGUGACACAUCAUUAUCUGCACGAGUGGACAAGGACACCAUGUCGGACAAAAGUGACUUAAAAGCAGAGCUGGAGCGCAAGAAGCAGCGCCUCGCCCAAAUCAGACAGGAGAAAAAGAUCAAGGAGGAGGAGAGGAAGAAGAAAGAGGUAAGGAAAAAAUCAGAGAGCCAGCAGAAGAGAGAGGCCGCCCCAGAGGACUCAGACUUGGACCGAAAGCGCAGGGAGACCGAGGCCCUGCUACAGAGUAUUGGCAUCUCACCGGAGCCUCCACUAGUCCAUUCUUUGCAGCCUUUAAUGUUAGAUUCAUGUUUUUUUCAUUAUUUAGUCCCGACCCCUGUGUCACCCUCCAAAUCAGUGAGCACACCCAGUGAGACGGGGAGCCAGGAUUCAACCGAUGGAGGAGCAGCAGCAGCAGCAGCAGGCAGGCUUAGGACGCUGCAGUGGGACACAGACCCCUCUGUGCUGCAGCUGCAGGCUGAUUCUGAGCUCGGGCGCAGGAUGCAGAGGCUGGGAGCCUGUAAGAUCACACAGGUAGACUUCCUUCCCAAAGAGGUGGUCGCGUACUGCAAGGAGACACAGACGCCACUCACCGCCCACCUGUCUGAAGUGGAGGAGGAAGAGGAGGAUGAAGAGACGAUGGAGGUGAAGCCAGGCCCCGAGUCUGAGCAGCAGGAGGACGAUGACAACAGGGAAAACAAAGAAGGCUCAUUUCCAGUUCUGCGGGAACUGACAGAGGAGGAGAGGCAGCAGAUCCUGCACUCUUCUGAGUUUCAGAGUUUCUUCGACUGCAGCAUCCGGGUGAUGGAGAGAGCUCUGGCCGAAGACGGCAACAUCUUCUUUGACUACAGCGGCCGGGACCUGGAGGACAAAGAGGGAGACUUGGGUAGCGGCUCCAGUCUGUCCUUCAGUAGACUCUUCUACGAUGAACACUGGUCGAAACAUCGCGUGAUCACCUGCCUUGACUGGUCCCCUCAGUAUCCUGAGUUGCUUGUUGCCUCUUAUAACAAUAAUGAAGACGCUCCUCAUGAACCGGAUGGUGUUGCGCUAGUAUGGAACCUCAAAUUUAAGAAGGCCACACCAGAAUACAUCUUUCACUGUCAGUCUCCCGUAGUGUCUGUGGGCUUCGCCAAGUUUCAUCCCAACCUGGUCGUGGGGGGGACUUACUCGGGACAAAUCGUCCUGUGGGACAACCGCAGCCACCGUCGGACCCCCGUGCAGCGGACUCCUCUGUCUGCUGCUGCUCACACUCACCCAGUGUACUGCGUGAACGUGGUCGGCACACAGAAUGCCAACAACCUGAUCACUGUGUCUACAGACGGCAGGAUGUGCUCCUGGAGUCUGGACAUGCUUUCCCAGCCACAGGAGACCAUGGAACUGGUGUACAAUAAAUCCAAACCCGUGGCGGUGACAGGCAUGGCUUUUCCCACGGGAGAUGUUAACAACUAUGUGGUUGGGAGUGAGGAGGGCACUGUGUACACUGCAUCCAGACAUGGCAGCAAGGCGGGUAUCUGUGAGAUGUUCGAGGGCCACCAGGGGCCGGUGACGGGCGUCAGCUGCCACAGCGCAGUGGGCACCGUAGACUUUUCCCACCUCUUCAUCACAUCCUCCUUCGACUGGACCGUCAAACUCUGGAGCACCAAGCACAACAAGCCUCUGUACUCAUUUGAGGACAACGCCGACUAUGUGUACGACGUCAUGUGGUCGCCCGUACACCCUGCGGUCUUCGCCGCCGUGGAUGGCAUGGGCCGCUUAGACCUGUGGAACCUCAACAACGACACUGAGGUACCGACUGCCAGUGUGACCAUUGAGGGCGCUUCGGCCCUCAACAGGGUACGCUGGUCAUCCGGGGGGAAGGAGGUGGCCGUGGGUGACUCAGAAGGCCGAGUCUGGAUCUACGAUACUGGAGAGCUGUCAGUGACUCACACUGAUGACUGGGCGCGCUUCGCUCGUACCCUGAUGGAGAUUCGUGCUAACCGAGCCGACGGCGAGGAGGAGGGGUCUAUGGAGCUGGCUUCAUAGAACAGGACUCCAAACCAAAGAGGAGGGAAUUGGAGACCAGAGGGGUGUACUAUGAAGCGAAAUUAAAGCGUUGGCGACGUAUGUUGAGCCUAAAGUCAGAGUUUUCAAUGUCAUGAACGUGGCUCUCUUUUAACCUGGCUAGAUUGCCAUGGUAAUUUAUGCUGACCAUCUAAUCUGAUUAUCUUGCAAGUUUCAGAUUAAAACCAGCUCUAAAAUGCGCCACCCUUUCACUCUUCAACUCCUUUGGAAAUGGUGUCCCCAUUCUUGCCAAAUCCGGUGGACCUCGGUGCCAGAACGGUACAAGUGUCUCGUAGUUGGGAGAGAGAGUUUAGAGUCCGAAUAGAUAUGCUGGCUUUUCCUCAUGAUGUUCUUCAAGAGCGAUAAACAUUCUACGAUAUAUAUGCAAACUUGGUGAGCUGUAUGUUAGUUUUGCCACCGAACAAGCCGUGCAAUUACAAAAUUAUAAAAGAUAGCAUGCAUUAAUACUUCACUAUGUUAUUAAUCAUUAUGAUGUUCUCUUGCACAAAAGAUGCAGUAUAUUUCCUAUAUAGGAUUCCCGAGAGUCACACGUGUAGUAGAUUGCCUAUACCCAUCACUGGAGCCUUAGGGGAACAUGAGGGUGAUUUUAAACAGAAGGUCCUUUCACGUCAUCAAUUGUGAAGUCUGGUGGAGCUGCCUCCACCUCCUCCAGUCUUGCUCCUCUCAUUUUUUGUGCCCAUUUGCUUCAGGUAAUAUCAACACUUAAAAUUUUACACUAAAAAAAAUUUGAUAAAGGCUUUGUCCUGAUUUCCUGCUGGUCCGUUUUACGCUGCUAUCCAUUAUAGCGAGCUGUUCCUCUUGACUGAAGUAGGCGGCACGCUAUCGAUCCAUUCGGUGCAGAAGACUCAAACGCGCACAGAGCCCGAUGAAGAAGACCUGGGUUAACAAAGACAGUUGAUAACAAUCAACGCGAUGCCCAUUAUCUCUGAUUGAACUUUUAGGUUAUUGACGAGACGCAAAGAAAGCCUGGCUGUGUAGAAGUUGCUUCGUAGUACACCCAUCUGGUGCGCUUGUAUCGGUGUCACUGUAGCAUGUGUGUCUCAAUCAGUUUUGUUUUGUUUCUUCACCUUUAUGUACAUGAUGGCGUCUUGUCCAAACAAGGCCACUUUUUUUUUUUUGUAUUCUUGCGUCUACUCUCCUGUAAAUGCAAACUGUCUGUUAAUGGUUCAACUGUUGACCUCUACUGAUUUGUCCACCCGUAUUUCUUUCUUCAAUGAAUUAAGGUGAUUUGUUGCUUGCAACCCGUGAGUCUCCUGUAUAUACAAAGUGGCAAUUGUCCUAUAGCCUUAUGAAGAUGUAUGUACUGUGACGAUGCUUUGCACUAUCGUAAAAAUAAGGCAGGGUCCAUAGAUUAGUCAUGUAUUGUUUACAAAAUGUCAUGUUCACUUUAUGUUGUGCUUCUUGUCUCUGUACUACGCCUGCAUGUGACACAUUCCUGAAAUAUUCCAGAUUCAUGAACAUGGAGUUAUUACGGUGACGCUUCCACACGUGGGGCUUUGUGGCUGCUUUAUGUCCGUGUUUCAGGGUGGCAGAAACUGAAUCAAGUGUGGUAUUUGCACUUUGUCUUUUGUUCUGAACAAGAGAAACAACUGUAUAUUCUUUAAUAAACCGUUCAUUAUCGAGAGAUAUAUUGUAAUGCGGAGUGCUGGCUGUCAAACCUGCUGUGUUUACUAUUAAAGCAUAGCUGAUAAA